GUUAUGAAGAGAGUAUUAGUUUCGUGGAGACAAAACCUCUAGAUCGCUCGCUGCGGGCAAGUGUCGAGCGUGCGUCAGCUGCGGCGCACGCAGGUUUUCCUUUUUCCCGGUGACUAAUUAUGGACGCGGAACAAUGUAGUUCACCAAACCAACACCGCACAGACGCGCAGAGCCAGCCGAGUCGCAUUCCCACACACACACAGCAACAAACCUCCGUCCCCUUCCUCCUUCCUCGCGUCGGGGGUGGGUGGAACGUGCGCCGAAUCAGCACCAGCAGCCCGCUCCCCCGCCCCCGCCCCCUUUUAUACCACGCCGCCAGUUCACACCAAAGCUUCUCUUCUCUUCUCUCCUCCCUCCACCUUCGAUCUUCCGGCUGGAUCACGCGCGCAGUCAGGGCUGGGCGCUUGCGGAAUGGAAGAUCCGCUCUUUUUAGCCACUUGUGGUCAGUGAGCGGUUUGGUGGUGGUAGUUGGCCUCGCUUUCUUGGAGGGUUGCACCAGCGGCAGCGCGUGCGGGAGGGAGGGAGAAGGACUGCUCCUGUCGGCCGCCAUGGACUCCGGCAACAGCGGCAGCCUCCAGUCGUCCAGCGGCGGCGACGACGACUUCGACUCGCGGGGAGGCGGCGUCGACUCCUCGCCGCUCUCCGCGCUGCUCCGCCCCACGCCCUCGCCCUCGUCGGCCGGGGCCUUCUCGAUGCACGGAUCGCUCUACGGCCUGCAGGAUUUCACCUCCGCCUCGCCACAGCAGCAACAGCAGCAGCUCCAGCACCAGCAGCACCACCACCAGCAGCAGCAGGCGUCCUGGUCGGCGCAGUUCAUGGCGGGGCCGGCCUCCUCGUCGACGCGUGUCGCGCCGCCCGACGCCGGCAUGGGCGCGAGCGCGCAUCAGGCGCCUGAUCCGUCUGCUGCGGCUGCGGCGGCGCCGCCCAGGGGGUCGCGGAAGCGGGCGCGCGCGUCGCGGCGUGCACCCACCACGGUGCUCACCACCGACACCUCCAACUUCCGCGCCAUGGUGCAGGAGUUCACCGGCAUCCCUAAUCCGCCCUUCGCUGCCGGCGCAGGAGGCCCCGGUGCGUCUUUCAACUCCCGCUUCGACCACAUCUUCUCGUCCUCCGCCCUCCGCUCCGCCGCGGGUGCAGCCGGCGAUCCAGCCUCCUCGCUGCCGCCGUACCUCCUCCGCCCUUUCGCGCAGAAGCUCCAGACGGCAACCUCGCCUUUCGCACCCUUCACGUCGCCGUCCUCGUCAACACCUCCUGGACCGUCGUCGAACAUGGGCAUCGCCAAUGCCAAUGCCAGGGCGGCGGCCACGGCCGCCGCCACCACAACAGCGUCUGCCAAUCAGCGCGGCGUCGCCGGCGAUGACUUCCAGCUGACGUCGUCGGCGCUUCUGCGGAUGCAGGACCACAGCAGCAACUACCUGUCCUUCCAGAACCUCCUCGGCUCCACGCAGCCUUCGUCGCAGCACAUGUUCGGCGGCCUGUCGCAUGGUGCACCGAGGCUGCACGAGCAAUCGCCGUCGGAGUUCAUGCCUGGAGCCGGCAGCGGCAGCAUGGGGCUCAGCCACGGCGGGAUGAUGGUCUCCGAGGGGAUGCACAUGCACCAACAACAAAGAAGCGACGUCCACCAGGGCGGCGACGAGCUGUCGGGCGUGGUCCGGGCCGGCGCGUCCGGGAGCGGCGGCGGCGGCCACGGCAGCUGCAAGCUAAACUACCCGCCACACACCGUCGCGUCGUCGUCGUCCGCCGCGGCCAGCACCGACAUGACACCCGACGGCGGCUCCCGGAGCGGCCGCGGCGAGGGCCUAGACCCAUGGCUUUGUACAUCCGAGUAGUAAAGAGAAAGAGAAAGAGAAAGGUGCAUGCUUGCCGCUCUCUGAUUAAUUUGCUGCCCGCCACCAUGCAUCACAAACAACAAAUGUCUGGUUAGCCUUUUAAUUACUAGCAUUAUACCUUUUGUUACUUGUUGAUCGCUUCGAGUAGUAGUAUCUCCGUCACCAUCGGCCUUUGUACAUUUAAAACAUCAUCCAUCUUUGAUUCCCUUGUCUCUUAGGUAUAUCUACAUUGUAGUACACAUGUGCAAGGAGAGAUGGAGUGAUGGUGCAAUUACAGACAUUGAUUUCGUGUGCC